GUCUGCAUCAUAGCGUCAGGCCGGCGGUGUGAGUGGCUCACUUUGCUUCGAGUCCUCGGAGGAAGCUGGCGGCCGAGCCUGUGUGUCUCUCUGUGUGUCAAACAAAAGACAUCAAUGAGCCCGACUGUUAGUUCACAUCAAGCCAGAUUCCCCACAAGAAAAUAAACCGAAGACACCGCCGCGCUCGGUAAUGGAGGAGAAGAAGAAGGAGAAGGAGGAGGGGGAGUCGGAGAUCCAGGAGCACGGCCCCGAGCACUGGUUCUCGAAAUGGGAGCGGCAGUGCCUGGCCGAGGCCGAGCAGGAGGAGCCGAGCGAGGAAGAGGCCGAGGGGGGCCCGCAGAAACUGUGGCACCUCUUCCAGAACUCCGCUACCGCCGUGGCGCAGCUCUACAAAGACCGUGUGUGUCAGCAGCAAGGAGGACUCUCUCUCUGGGUACCUUUUCAGAAUGCAGCAACAGCUGUCACUAAUCUCUACAAAGAAAGCGUGGACGCACACCAGAGAAGCUAUGACCUGGGAAUUCAGAUCGGCUAUCAGCGGCGCAAUAAGGAUGUGUUGGCUUGGGUUAAAAAGCGCCGGAGAACAAUACGAAGAGAGGACUUGAUCAGCUUCCUCUGUGGAAAAGCACCCCCACCAAGGACUUCUAGAGCACCUCCGAGACUGACUGUAGUGUCACCUUCAACAGAGACAAGCUCAUCUGUAGAGACUGACUUGCAGCCCUUCCGAGAAGCCAUAGCUUUGCAUGGUCUCAGUGGUGCAAUGGCCAGCAUCAGCGUUCGCUCCAGCACUCCCGGGUCCCCGACCCAUGUGAGCGGGGUGUCCAACCCCAGCCGCAGGAGGAACGGGCUUCACGAUGUGGACUUGAACACUUUCAUAUCAGAAGAAAUGGCACUCCACUUAGACAAUGGUGGCACUAGGAAGCGGACCUCGGCCCAGUGUGACGUCAUCACAGACUCCCCAACUCAUAAACGCAAUCGAAUGAUCUGAACUCGAUUCGUUAAUUAGAAAAAAAAAAAAAAAAUGCACCGUGCCGCUUAAAAGCCACUUAACCCUCAACACUUCAUUGCAAGGAAAUGGGGCCAUCGGAACCUCUUUUUUUUUUUUUUUUUUUUUUUUUUUUAACCGUACCCCCCCAAUCGCAUUAAACGGGUGAAUUCAAUAAUGAUUGCCAUAAAGGAAAAUUUACCAUCGCAUAGAUGCCUCUCGUAGUAAUGGUUUUCUGUUUUCCACUCUCGACAGAGGACAUCAGUUGUUCGUUUAGUACUUGGCAAGAUCAUCGGAGGCUGAAGUGACCUUUCUUGUAUCCUGUAUAACCCUGACAUUGCCUUUAUUUGUUGAUCUACUGUGUUGAGUGUUUGCUUCAACAGUAUUGCCAGGUAAUGGCUGAAGUUCCCUUUUUCAACAUGGUACAUUGUCCAGUCUGCAGCCUUCCACAGGUUUGUUUUUCUUUCUUGGCAACACGGUUCUUUCGACACAGUUGGCUUUUCUACAGUGCCAGCUUGUAAGUUGUAAGGGUUUUGGACUUUGAGUUGGUCUGAAGCAGCUGCUGAUUCAGGGGAUUGUGUGGAAUUGUGAAGAGAUGCGAUGAUGGUCAUGCAAAUAAUACUUCGUACAAUGCAGAAUCAAUACAAUAAUCUCUUGGAUUCACUUGUGUGUUUUUAGUGCUCCAAAGUAACAAUAUGAUCAGAUGUUAUUCUCUCUCUCCCCUGUAAUGUUAGAAUCCUUAACUUUUGUCAGUAGUUUGUUAAUAUCUAAUGUAUAUACUUAACAUUUAGGUGCUGGUAUAAUACAUGGGGUACAUAUUGUAUAAAAAAAUAAAAUAAAAAUGCAAACCAUCAAAUAGUUGGUAUUAAAGUGUAUAGUAUUGAUUCUUGCAUUAAAGAAACCAAGCUUUUAACUUUGGGUGGCUUCAAAUGUGCUUUAAAACCGGCAAUGCGUUUCCCAGCAAAAGCAAUCUUGCACAACAAUGGAGAAGGACAAAUAAGGCUCUCAGAGCCCCAAAAGGGCUUCCUGUCACUGUACAGAAGUGAAUGCGCACAGCAGUUGCAUGAUAUUCAGAGCCGAUGUGAAAUAAGAACUAGCGGCACAGUCUCGUUUUUGUGCGAGGUUGAUUUCCUAAUGCGCACACCGGCAUGCUUUCAGAAAGGUUUGCAUCUGUCUCUUCAGCACCUUCUGUGUUAAGCAGGGGGAAUUUUGAUGACCACAUUUUUUUUUUUUUUUACAGAGUUCAAUGAAUGUGCUCCUGAUUUAUACCUGCUGUAUUAAUACAUGUACUUUAAUGGAGCACUAAUCCUUGCCAGUGUAAUAGUCUAAACUAUUUGUGUUGCUAUGACCUGCAAUGUCUCUGGUUUGCCAUCUAUUUGUAUGGUAUGCAGUGCGGCUCCAGAACUCUUAAUAUGGUAACCAGUGUGCCGACCUACGCGGGAUGAGUAGGUCGCAUUGUGAAAACAGCAAACUGUUUACAUCAAUUAGAUAUUUUACAAUUUAUCUUUUAAAUAUAAUCUGUUGCAUUUAAAAAAAAAAAAUCAUACUGCGUAGUAUUCCAUCAAUGUAUAUACUGUAUGGGUUUGUUUUUAACUAUUUAUAAAAAUGACUGUUUUAUAAUAUGCAAAGUAAACUUAUGCCCUUCAAGAAUUAACUCAUGCAUCUCAUUGAAGUUUUUAGAAAGCUAUUUCAUAUAAUGUGUGUAUAAAUGUAACCCUAUGUGGUGAGGUAGUUUGGGUUGGUUAUAUCCAGCAGAAGCCAUGCUGCCUCUAAUACAUACAAGCUUUCACAGAUGGGUGUAACAUUUUGCUCCGUUGAUUUAAGUUUGGUUUUCUCGAUUUUCAGAAGAACUUGCACACAGUUCCUGUGUAGUUUAGUGUGUGAUUAGAUACGUAAGUUGGGUAUUUGUUUUGAAGAAAACGUUCAGGAGUUUUAUAAUUUGCCAGUGCUGGUUCAUGCAAUGCGUCGGUAAUACUGAAUCAGUGGGAUAUUUAAAGCCGUUUCUGUUUAAAAGCCCCACUUUGUUGUAAAGUAUGUUUUUGGACUGUGCUGUGGAAAGCUUCACCUCCUGUUUCUCUUCAUGUUAAUAGCAGUUCCCCCGUGAGUCCACUUCCCUUGGGUGCUGGAGACGAAGCUGCUAUUCCCAACCCCAUUGUCUAGUUGAACAAAGUACUCGCGCACACACACGACUUGUUGCUGAAAAUAGAAAGCAAUCUAAUUUAGCAUCUCCACAGGGAUAUCAAUUCUGAAUACGUGCCCUGAAGAUCACGCUCAACACAUUUCCAUUGUCACAAUUACCUGUGUAUAAUUUUUAAUAUACCAAUUAACUUUAGUACAUUAAAGUUGAGAUCACUUGAUCUAUGUAAAAAAUAUCUAAUGCUACACUAAUAUUUGUUACAAGUCACAGGCCUUGGUAGCUCAAAUGUUCCACUAUAUGAAUCAUCAUGGGUGGGGGAAUAGGUACCAAGCACUGAUGUGCCUGCAUAGUGGAAUGCCAUUUCAUUAAUCCCAGGGUAUGAUGUGUCAAAGUUGGGGAUUCUUUGCCAUGCUUCGGUACUCUUCUUGUAUUAAAGAACACUGGACCACUGGUGUUCUGCAAACAGAAUGGCACUUGUGUAUUUAUUUAUUCAAAAUAAACAAACAAAAGCUUACUCCUUCCAGGAGUGCUGAACUAAACUUUGCAAGUCAUUUAAUUAUAAAUUGGAUGGCUAAGGUGUUUACCAGCAACAAACACAUGUAUUACACAGUCUCUGUACAGCCUCAGCCUUGACCUCAACACUGACCAGCCAGUGUGGCCUGCUUAAACACCUGCCUGCCACUUGCGUGAACUGUCACCUUGUUAGCCGAAGAACUGUUUUUAUUUGUAGACUCUGCAAGUUGUUAAAAUGCUUUCAAGAUUUGUGUUAAUAAAGCAGCCUUUGGGAAACGUUCGGUUUCAGCCCCUGAUCUGA